AUGCACCGAAGUGAAGAACAAAUUGCACUAUGUAAACAUAAAACCUCUGUAUGCAUUCAUGAAAUUAAUGAAAGUAAAAAAAGAAUUAAUGAAAUGGUCAACAAGAAAACAGAAAUUCAUCUCACACUUCAGGCUAUUAGAGAGGCACAUCAAUUAAUUGAGCAAAUGAAUAGAAUUUCAAUCCAAGGUAAUAAAGAGAUAGAAGUAAGGAAUGAGGUUAAAGAAAUAAAAAAAGCCAUUGAAUUACAAGAAAAACAACUGAAGGAAAUUGAAAAAGAAAAUAAGAAAAUUACAAUGGAAAUAAAAGAAAUAAAAAAACAAAGAAAAGAGAUUAUAGAAACUAUAGUUUCUCAAGAAAAAACCCUCAAAGACCAGACUGAAAAGGAAAUAGAAAAUCUUAUUAAUCAAAAUUUAAAUAUCAGAGAAAUAAUUAAUCAAGUGGAAUUAGAAAGUGAUGAUAUGGAAGAGAUUGAAUUUCAAGUUAACCAACUCUACCAAAGUGAGAUUGAAGAUUUAUAUUCAAAUGAGAACUAUGAUAGUGAGUUUAAUAUUAUUAAUAACAAUAAUGAAAAUAUGUGUAAUGAUAAUACUGAAGUGAGUACAGAUAAAGAUGAAAUUUUUGAUGAAAGAGGAAUAGAUGAAUAUUAUAAUAUGAGUGAUGGUACUACUGGAACAUAUUUUAAAAAUAAUAAAUUCCACAUAUAUAAAAGCAAUGAUAUCCAAACUAGUUCGUCUUCAAAUAAGAAUGAAGAAAAUUACACUGAUAAUGAAUUUAAUGAAGAAGAAAAAAGUGAAAGUCAAAAAGAUAUAGAAGUAUAUGAAAUAUCAGAUGAUUAA